AUGGGGAAUACGCCAACGAAAUUAUAUCCUGAGGGUCCUACUUAUAAUGAUACAGAAUUCGUUAAUGAUGCAGACACCUUAAAUCAUAAAAAUUAUAAAAACAGAUCUAAGAAUGUUUCAUUAGCCAACACUUUAUUAAAUCCUAACAGCAAUAGCAUGGUAGGAGAAAAUUACACUAAUAAUACUAGGCAAAAACAAUACAGUAUCUUUAAUAAGAUAGAUCGUGACAAGGAUAGGAAAAAAUACGUCAAGGAUAGAGAAAAAUUAAAAGAAAUUCACGCAAGGGGGCUGGUGGUCAAAUAUGACGAAUGUUGCGAUGGUGGGUUUUUGGCACCGUUUGGUUGUUACAACUUCGAUAAACUGGAUUACAAUAUAGAUAUUGUUAGAAGCCUGAUUAUAGAGAGAAAAUUGGCUCCAUUUUAUACGCCGUUACAAGACUUUGACGAAACUUGGUCAAGGGAAGAAAUCAUCAAAAUUGUAGAUGGGUUACCAUUACAUGCAACCUUUGAAGAAAAUUUAGAGGAAUUCGAAGAUGUCCCAAUCGGCGACCUAAAAAAACCUAACUUCGAUUAUUUGGUUGAUAGAAGUUUGUCCAAAAGAGAACAGCGUCGUCAGCAUGCAAUGAUCUUUAAAGCUAGGCUGUAUAGGAAAAGAUUAAUCUGGCAAGAAACUGCAAACGAAUCCUUCCUGGAAGAUAAAGUCGAUGCAAAGAAAAAUAAAAUUAAAAAUAGAUAUUUACCAAGCGAUGAUUUAAAAUAUUCUUUAUACAAAAAUGGUAUGGAAUGCCCCAUAUGUUUUCUUCACAUCCCUGGGCCUUUAAACUAUUCUAAAUGUUGUCAACAGCCUAUCUGUACAGAAUGUUUUGUUCAGAUAAAACGAUCAGAACCACAUUUCCCUCAUGAAGAAGUGGACCCAACAAAACCAAUAACUGACGAUAAUUCUAAGGAUCCAAACUUAUUAAUAUCAGAACCUUCAAACUGUCCAUAUUGUGCAACACCCAAUUUUUCCAUUACAUAUACACCACCAACAAACCGUAGAACAGGUAUAGGUGGUAUCCCUCCUAGCGAUUACUGUGAAGUAGCGCAAAAUGAAAUACAGAAACAGGAAAUUUCUGGUCAAGAAAAGGAGAACAAAGAAACUUUGGGAUCGCCAACAUCCAUAUCCGCAUCUGCAUCGCCGUUAUCAUCAUCAUCAUCAUCAUCGUCUGGAAAUAAACAUAAGGAUAUCAUAAUCAGUAAUAUCAUAACAUCAGAUGAUAUUAGACCUGAUUGGGAAGCUAAAUUAAAGAAAGAACGUUCGAGGCUUGCCAAGAGAGCAGCUAAUGCUACUGCUAUUCAUGUUAGUAAUCAAUUAGUGGAUCCUGAAUACUCUCUGAGACAAAAUUCUAAUACUAGUUCACCAGCCAAGUAUUCAGUACGAGGAACUAAUUCUAAAACAAAAAGAAAACAAUUAAGUCUUGAGGAAUUAGAGGAACAAAUGAUAAAACAAGCUAUUCAACUAAGUCUUGAGGACCAAGAAAAAUCCAAGAAAAAGUAA